AUGGUCUCGGAGGCAUCUGCGCCGCCUCCCCUGUUAUCGGAGAGUGCGGAGAAGCAUUGCGCUGCUGAUAUCUACGCCCUCCAUCAUCGUCUCAGCCGCUGUGUGAAACAAGUAGAAAUGCUCAUGUCAUCCUCCGCAGGAAGCUGUGCUGCAUCCCAUUAUCAAGGCAACCGUGCCAGUACGUCUUGCAUUCGGCGCCUCGGAGAGCUUCUUCGCGAAGCCAGACGGCUCGAGCAACGUGUCGCCGAGGCGGCAUUCAAUAUGACUGGCAACGCGCAAGAGACGUCGGAGACAGUAGACGACAGUAUGGACGCUCCCCUGCGCGCGUACUACCGCCAACAGCUGCAGGCGCGCUUCACUCACCUUCAGCACGAUGCCAGCGCUGCGCAGCAGCUUCUAACGCAGUAUCUCUCGCAAGCCCCUACGCUUGCGCAUUUCCCUGUCAGCUGCGUAGGCACUGCGCCUCGCACCCUCGAGCGCGGCUUAACCGCUGUCACUGAUGCCUCCUUCGAUAGCGCAGGUCGCAUCUAUUCGGAUGUUGUGCCGCCCCAGGCGGCGUACAUCCCGCCAGCUGCAGUUCACUUCAUCGAAGGCGCUUCUCCCGCUGCGACUGGCGCGCAGGAUGUGUCACCGGGGCUGGGGAGCGUAGCCCAGCCGAAGGAAAACCCCGAUGACAAGGAGAGGGGGCCAAGCGCUGCGGCAUCCUUUGCGGUACAUCCGCUCGGCACGCCCGCUGCUGCCGGCGCCGCCACCACCCCGGAGGACUGCAUCAUGAAGGAUAUUCAGCAGGCCAUUCACCAGAUGAAAGACGGCGCCCUGCAGAUGAGUGCGCUGAUGGAGCAAGAGAAGUCACAGAUGAAGUCUGCCGCCGACCUUCUGUCCGUCGGCGUAGCCAAGGGUCAGGCAAACAUGCACGAACUAGAUCGCGUCUCCUACGUGGCCGAGGGGACGCGUGUUCCGUGGAUGCUAAAAUGCGUGCCGGGCAUGGCUAUCCUUUGGCGCACAGUGCUGCAACCGAUGUGGGCCUUUCUCAAGCAAACGUUAAUGAUGGCGUCCAUUAUCGCGGUGACCAGCGGCGUAUUGCUACUUAUUAGCGUCGUGCCGAGGCCGACAGUGUAUCGCGUACAGCAGAGCCACACUCACGACAGUCGUGCAUCUACUCUCCAAAGCACAGCUGCACCGCCUUUCCAUGAAUUGCCUGUCUCGCUGCCAGCAUUGUAUGGGAAAGGGGAGCCCGUUGCGAGCGAGUUGCCAGUCCUAGCAGAGACUGUGGAAGAGAUGUCGACGUUGCCGCCUCAUACAGAGAGUCCCUCCGCUGAGCUGUCGGAGGACUUGUGA